UCAGGAGGAGUAGGGGGUGGCUGCGAUGAUCUCCUCUACGGCAGUGAUCAGGAUGUCGAGCGGUGACUCUGCGGGGGGCUGGGCGAGGGGAGGGAUGGACAGGAGGCACUGCCACGCGAUCUUGAGGUCCGUCACCUCGUCGGCUGGGCCUUCCUGGGCCUCCUGCUCCUCGAUGGAUUUGAUGAUGUCGGCGACGAGGGCGUUGUGGGCGUCGGUCACCUCAGCCAGCCCCGUCUCCUGGAACUGCAGCCGCCUCUCCGUGCCCGCCUUGCCCUUGGACGCCCGUAGGUGGCCGCCGCGAAGUCGGAUGAGGCGGUCGAAUAAGGAACCGCUCUGUCCGCCUCCCUGACAGCGCCCCCAACCCAUGAACGCCCCCGCCCACGCCGGAUUCCCCGCCAGCGCCGCCAAGGCCACCGUCAGGAUGACCCCGUAGUGGUCGGUGUACUGGCUGUCGGCUAGGGUCAUCCUGUUGGCGGCCUCGUUGAGGUCAUAGCUGACUGGCACAAACGGCACGGGGGAAUGGACCUCCAGGGGCGGGUUGGUGUCCUGGUGGAAAGGCCGGUCCUGCUGCAGCUCCCUGCUGGUCUCGUGGUCGAUGUGGGCCACGUCCCCCUCCUCCUUGCUGCCGACCAUCAGCAAAUUGCCGCCGUGGGCAUCGCCGUGAAUGAGGGAAACCUGCCCCUGCCCGCUCCUCCAGAUGGACGGCAGGUUGGAGAAGCCUCCCACCACCAUCGAGUCCGGCACGUGGCAGUUCUGCAGCUCCCAUGAGUAUGGCACAGCGCUCGGGCAGCCGUCGGGUGGUGCGCCUUGUGGUGGUGGUGGUGGCAACGGGUGUAGGGUCUUGAGGCUGCCGAAGUGCCGCAUGGUGGUGAGAGCGGCGAGCAGGCCCUGGUGGAUGGUGCGGCGGGGUGUGCUGGCGAUGGAUGUCAGCAGGGAUGGCGUCAUGGGCAGGCCGAAGUCCAGCUGGAAGGGGAGCAGCGCUGUGCGGGGGUCCAGCUGGUUGGUCCUCUGGUGGUUGGCGGCAGCGUGGAGGAGGGUCACCUGGGUGAGGUUGGGGGCGUCCUCGCCAUCAAACUCUGCAUAACCACACAAAUGGACACCCACAAUACAUGUAUGCUGCUGCCUUUUCUGCUGGUGUUCGGCUGCUGGCUUACUCAUGACUUCGACGGCAUAGUAUGGACCCUUCAGCUUCACCUCGACGAAGUGCUGGGCCGUCACGCCCUCGGCACCCCUCCGAUUGGCCAUGUCGGCCGGCGGCAGCCGCAGCUUGAAGGGCGUGCUCCUGCGGACGAAGCCCCUCGACAGGAGCCGAUAUGGGCGGCUGAAGACCUUGGCUUCUGAGUCGCAGCCGGGCAAGUCAUGUCGAUGAAGGUCCCGGCGGAUAUAAAAUGUAGGCAGCGAUGUCAGGUCUGCAGACAGAGACACAUCGCCUGAAUGCACACAAGCUAUAGACAUAGUGUGUCUGCGUAGUCUCUCACUGACGGCACCUUCUCUCGAUGUUCUUCUGUUCCUUCAAUGCCCCGCAUGCAGGCGACGUUGAAUCGCUCCAGCCUGUUGUCGCAGAACUGGCCCAUCUCCCGCAGCAGCAACUCAGGUAUCCUGAACUUGACGAUGCACCCCGUGCCGUGCAGUUUGGCCCGCACGCUGAUGGAGCGGGCGUUGAAGUAAUACGUGCUGGAUGUCAGUCUCGUCAGAUAAAAAAUGUAGCCAACGAUUGGUGGCCUGCACGGAAUACAAGACACCACACCAGCAGCCGGCCUGUACAAGAUACUGGUAGCGCAAUGAUGGUCAGAUCAAUCAGAUUGCAUCCACCUCUGAACUGAGGAUGCGGCGCUGCAUGUCCCUCAGCCGCUCCAUGCCUGCCGGGUCGGGGUCGUGCGGCGCCGUCCUGACCUUGACGCGCUCCAUGCUGCACAUGUUGGUCGACUUUGGUGCGGGUGUGGCGUUCCCGUAGUGGGACAAUGCAGUAGGUCGACAAACAAUGAGGGAAUGUGUCGAGUCGUGUGUUUUGUGCUGUGUAUUGAUUCAUUUCCCUGUCUCACUCGCCUCUUUGCAAUUUCGCCGAUGUAGGCGGUGGCGAAGCGAAUGUGGUGUGGGUAUGCGGGCUUGCCCGUGGCCACGGCGUACACCUCCACGACCGGCGGCGGGCAGGCGAUCCCCUCGAGGUGAGCGAGGUGGUGGGCGAGCUUCGCCUGCAUACACACAUACGUACACAGCAACACAGGCCUUGACCAUUGAUCCCCGUGUGUUGUGUGUCGUACCACGUCGGCGAUGGGCGUUUGCGGGAUCUUGAUGGCAAACGAAGGCUGAGGUUGAUCAUGAGGGUGCACAUGUCAUAGAGAGACUGAAAGGAGGGAACAAACCACACACACGGGGGUGUCAUCUUUUCUCGGCUUGCUGUCCCCCUGCUGCAGCUGCACUGCAUUCUCACCAUGCCGCCGCUGUUGCCCAUUUUGGUGAUGUCGUAGUUGCCGCGCGCCCUGUAUGCCGGCCCCCACGGUGGGUCGAAGUAGACCUGAAUGAAUCCACACACAUACACACACACACACACACACGUGUCAGAUGCUGACCGUCACGGCGCCUCUGUCUGCUCCGUCGCUCUCUCUUGAGCCCCGAUGGAAGACCGACCGGCCAGCCAGUGUUGUGAAAGCGAAUCACUCUCUCGACACAUCGGGUACUAACAGCAGCAGUGGAGCUGCGUGGUUUGCGCGGGCACUUGGUCCUUGGCCCGACGGGCAAGCACCUCCCUCCCUCCCUGCCCCUCCUGUGUGGCUGCGCUGUGUGCGCGGACGCUGGGGCAUUGGCCACUCGUGGCUUGAUCCUGGGCGGAUUCUUGGGCUGACGGGAGGGUGCUGUAGACACUGUUUGGCUGCACUCGUGGGCUGGAGGUGGGCGCCCGUUGUCGUUUUCUGUGCUGGUCUGCUAAUGCAGCUGGGCCAGUUCGCGGCUUGGCGUGUAUUGACCAACCUGAACCAACAAGACAACAGACAGAUGCAUGCAGACAGACAUGUGUGGUGUCUGUCGUGUCGCCUUUGCUUACCCAU